UAAAGAUUUUGCUGCUCUUUUUCAUGUACGUGCAGGUCCAAUAUUGCACAAGAAUACCAUAUCCUCCAGGCCCUCUUCCCUGCUCAUAGAGCUCCAUUCAAUCUCUCUCUCUCUCUCUCUCUCUCUAAAUGAUGGAAGGUGAUGCAGCCAUGGUGAGGAUUCAAAGAAAAUCAUCAAUAGAAAGUGAGCCAAGGACUCUAACCAUGGAUCAGAUCCACUUUGCUAGAGAGGCAGCUCUGUAUGUGGUGAAUACGAGGAGCAUAGAAGAAGCAUUAAGUAUAUUUACAGAGGUAAAUAACAUCUUGAGGUUUAGAGCCUGUGGGAGGACGAAAGGGAGACAGGAUGACGGAUAUAAGCAGAGAAAUUCAGUGUGUGGAAGAAUUAGAGCAGCUGCGGCUGACUGAGAUAAGAGAUAUAGUAUCUGCUCCCUUUUAAUUGAUUUUAAUUCUCUUUUCAUACGACAUGUAAAUAUGAUCCAAGUUUUGCCUUUCUCUGUAUCGGUCACCUGUCUUUACAUAUUCAAUUCAUUCAA